CCUCAUUAUUGAUUGUCUGCUGGUUUAUCGGCUUUGAUUUUACCAAUAGUACUCAUUCUGACACAGACAACACACCAUGCUGGUUCCCGAAAUGUUCCUGCUACUACUGGCAGGUGUAUCAGCAGGUCCUGUGGAGUCUACAGAUGAUGCGGGUGAUACUAUUCCUAAGCACGAGCCUUGGGAGAGCACCGGCCUGUUCGAAGGCGAUAUCAUGGAGCCUCCCGGUACACUUGUGCACCGUAACGCUAUGAAGGAUAAAAGCCUUCGAUGGCCGAACGGCGUCGUACCCUACAACAUCACUGAGGACUUCACUGAGGAAGACAGGAAAAUCAUCCGAAAGGCCAUGGAUGAGAUCGAGGCCAACUCCUGUGUGACUUUCAAAGAGCGAACAGUGGACGACUUCGACUACGUGCUGAUAGGAGACGACUUGACUAGACCAGGCUGUUGGGCCGAGGUGGGGAAGGUAGGGGGUGCCCAGACCCUGAACCUGGGAAGGGCUAACUACUGUGUGUACUUCAAGGGCGUUGUCCAUGAGCUCAUGCACACUCUAGGCUUCCAGCACCAGCAGAGCGCCUCUAACAGGGAUGACUACGUCAAGAUACUCUGGAAGAACAUAUUGCCAGGCAAGGGGUAUAACUUUGACAAGUAUGAUAACUCCAUGAUCACAGACCUUGGAAUUCCUUAUGACUACAACAGUGUGACACAUUAUGCCGCUGAUGCGUUCACCAGCAACGGAAAAGACACAAUUGAACCUCUGGAGGAAGGAGCCGUGAUAUACAAUGAUGGCCAUCUCAGCAGAGGUGACAUGGAAAAACUGAACAUCAUGUAUAAUUGUAACAUCAUAUUUAUAUGAUAGUCUCAGUUAUCAUUAGUUUUUACACCAUGAAGAAUUAAAAAGGCCUUCAAACUUUAA